AAACUACAAUCAAUUCAAUAAGCCACAACCAUCCUGUAAAAUCUCAUCUUACUGUGAAAAUCUGCUCCUGGUCCAGCCCUUCCUACCUGACCUGCCUCCAUCACAGGUGGAGCCUGAGUCAGUCCAGGAAACAGCUCACCUGUGUCACACCUUUUCUCUGCAGGUGUGGAGAGUUUUCUUCUUCAGCUCUUUGGACUGUUUGAAUCAAGUACCAAAGAUGGAGACGUCUGUGAAGCUGCAGCUGCUGGGAACUUUGGAGGAUUUGGGAGAUGUAGAACUGGAACGGUUCCAAUGGUUCCUGCAGGAUCAGGAGUUACUGGAUGGUUUCCAAGCCAUCAAAAAGUUCAAACUGGAGAAUGCAAACAGACUGAGAACAGUGGAUGUGAUGGUCGAGACUUACACGACUGAAAAUGUUAUGAAGGUGGCAGAGUUGGUUUUAAAGAAGAUGAAAGAGUAUGGAGGAAAACGAUCAUCAGCUGUUCCUGAGGAUCCAUCAGCUCGUGCAGCUGCUGCAGCAGCUGCUCUUAACAAAUGCCAGCCUAAACUCAAGUCAAAGCUGAAGAAGAAGUUCCAGUGUGUGUUUGAGGGCAUCGCUAGAGCAGGAAACCAAACCCUUCUGAAUCAGAUCUACACAGAGCUCUACAUCACAGAGGGAGGGACUGGAGAGGUCAAUGAUGAACAUGAGGUCAGACAGAUUGAAACAGCAUCCAGGAAACCAGACAGACCAGAAACAACCAUCAGACAAGAAGACCUCUUUAAAGCCUCACCUGGAAGAGAUGAACCAAUCAGAACAGUGAUGACAAAGGGAGUGGCUGGCAUUGGGAAAACAUUCUUAACACAGAAGUUCACUCUGGACUGGGCUGAAGACAAAGCCAACCAGGACAUACACUUCACAUUUCCAUUCACUUUCAGAGAGCUGAAUGUGCUGAAAGAGAAAAAGUUCAGCUUGGUGGAACUUGUUCAUCACUUCUUUACUGAAACCAAAGAAGCAGGAAUCUGCAGGUAUGAAGAGUUCCAGGUUGUGUUCAUCUUUGACGGUCUGGAUGAGUAUCGACUUCCUCUGGACUUCCACAACACUGAGAUCCUGACUGAUGUUACAGAGUCCACCUCAGUGGACGUGCUGCUGACAAACCUCAUCAGGGGGAAACUGCUUCCCUCUGCUCGCCUCUGGAUAACCACACGACCUGCAGCAGCCAAUCAGAUCCCUCCAGAGUGUGUUGACAUGGUGACAGAGGUCAGAGGGUUCACUGACCCACAGAAGGAGGAGUACUUCAGGAAGAGGUUCAGAGAUGAGGAGCAGGCCAGCAGGAUCAUCUCCCACAUCAAGACCUCACGAAGCCUCCACAUCAUGUGCCACAUCCCAGUCUUCUGCUGGAUCACUGCUACAGUUCUGGAGGAUGUGUUGAAAACAACAAAGAGAGGAGAGCUGCCCAAGACCCUGACUCAGAUGUACAUCCACUUCCUGGUGGUUCAGUCCAAACUGAAGAACAUCAAGUAUGAUGGAGGAUGUGGGACAGAUCCACACUGGAGUCCAGAGAGCAGGAAGAUGAUUGAGUCUCUGGGAAAACUGGCUUUUGAUCAGCUGCAGAAAGGAAACCUGAUCUUCUAUGAAUCAGACCUGACAGAGUGUGGCAUCGAUAUCAGAGCAGCCUCAGUGUACUCAGGAGUGUUCACACAGAUCUUUAAAGAGGAGAGAGGACUGUACCAGAACAAGGUGUUCUGCUUCGUCCAUCUGAGUGUUCAGGAGUUUCUGGCUGCUCUUCAUGUCCACCUGACCUUCAUCAACUCUGGAGUCAAUCUGCUGUCAGAAAAGAAAUUAACCCCCCUGAGGUCUAAACUGUUGAAAGAAAAAUCAACCCAUUUCUACCAGAGAUCUGUGGACAAGGCCUUACAGAGUCCAAAUGGACACCUGGACUUGUUCCUCCGCUUCCUCCUGGGUCUUUCACUGAAGACCAAUCAGACUCUCCUACGAGGUCUGCUGACACAGACAGGAAGUGGCUCAGAGACCAAUCAGGAAACAAUUCGGUACAUCAAGAAGAAGAUUGUAAAGACUCCCUCUGCAGAGAAAAGCAUCAACCUGUUCCACUGUCUGAAUGAACUGAAUGAUCGUUCUCUAGUGGAGGAGAUCCAACAGUCCCUGAGUUCAGGACGUCUCUCCACAGAUAAACUGUCUCCUGCUCAAUGGUCAGCUCUGGUCUUCAUCUUACUGUCCUCAGAAAAAGAUCUGGAUGUGUUUGACCUGAAGAAAUACUCUGCUUCAGAGGAGGCUCUUCUGAGGCUGCUGCCAGUGGUCAAAGCCUCUAACAAAGCUCUACUGAGUGGAUGUAACCUCUCAGAGAGAAGCUGUGAAGCUCUGUCCUCAGUUCUCAGCUCCCAGUCCUCUAGUCUGAGAGAUCUGGACCUGAGUAACAACAACCUGCAGGAUUCAGGAGUGAAGAUGUUGUCUGUUGGACUGGAGAGUCCACACUGUUCACUGGAGACUCUCAGGUUGAAUCAAACCAGACUGACAGAGAAAAGCUGUCAGGAGAUAUCAUCAGUUCUCAGCUCCCAGUCCUCUAGUCUGAGAGAUCUGGACCUGAGUAACAACAACCUGCAGGAUUCAGGAGUGAAGAUGUUGUCUGUUGGACUGGAGAGUCCACACUGUUCACUGGAGACUCUCAGGUUGAAUCAAACCAGACUGACAGAGAAAAGCUGUCAGGAGAUAUCAUCAGUUCUCAGCUCCCAGUCCUCUAGUCUGAGAGAUCUGGACCUGAGUAACAACAAUCUGCAGGAUUCAGGAGUGAAGAUGUUGUCUGUUGGACUGGAGAGUCCACACUGUUCACUGGAGACUCUCAGCCUGUCAGGCUGUCUGAUCACAGAGGAAGGCUGUUCUUCUCUGGUCUCAGCUCUGAGCCUCAAUCCCUCCCAUCUGAGAGAGCUGGACCUGAGCUACAAUCAUCCAGGAGACUCAGGAGUGAAGCUGCUGUCUGCUGGACUGAAGGAUCCAGAUUGGAGACUGGAGACUCUCAGGGUGGAACCUGGUGGAGUCCGAUGGUUGACACCUGGUCUGAGGAGGUAUUCCUGUCAACUCACAAUCGACACAAACACAGUGAACAGAAACCUCAAACUGUCUGACAACAACAGGAAGGUGACAUAUGUGAGAGGGUAUCAGUCAUAUCCUGAUCAUCCAGACAGAUUUGAUCAGUGUGCUCAGCUGCUGUGUAGAACUGGUCUGACUGGUCGCUGUUACUGGGAGGUGGAGUGGAGAGGAAGCAUUUUUAUAUCAGUGAGUUACAGAGGAAUCAGAAGGAAUGGAGAACAUGACUCUUGGUUUGGAAGGAACAAUCAGUCCUGGACUCUGCAAUGUUCUGAUAAUGGUCAUUACUCAGUCUGUCACAAUAAGAGAGGUACAUCUAUCUCCUCCUCCUCCUCCUCCUCCUCUGUCUCUAACAGAGUAGCAGUGUAUGUGGACUGUCCUGCUGGCUCUCUGUCCUUCUACAGAGUCUCCUCUGACUCUCUGAUCCACCUCCACACCUUCAACACCACAUUCACUCAACCUCUGUAUCCUGGGUUUGGGUUCUGGUCCACUGGUUCCUCAGUGUCUCUGUGUUGAGUGUAGCAGAGAGAGUCUCCUCCUGUUAGAGAUCAGUCCAGUCCAGGAUCACAGCAGCUGAUGUUAUUUAGUACCAACCUGAUCUCUGUCUGGUUUUAACUGCAGAGUGUAAACCCAACAUGUUUUCCACAUGACUGACUGUAAAAUGAAAUGAAAUCUGAGCUCAUGUUUAAACCAAGAGUUUGAAGUUGGUACAGCUCUGAGUAACAGAAGUAAAAACUCUGAGUGGGAUGGAAGUUUGCUGUGUUUCCAGGAAUCCUAUCCAUAAUGUUGUCAAACUCAAAAACAAACACUUUAGUGGACGUACUUUGACGUGGACAAUCCUUUAAGUCAAACAAGUGUCUUUCCUCUGUGAAGAAUGGACGUCUGUCUGUCUUUUCUCCUUCGGUUUCUGCUCUGAGGAACCUCCUCUGAUCAUCUACAAGAUCCACAAGAGACAAGUCCAGUCCACAAGAACAAACUCUGGCCUAGAGACCCUCGUUCACACCUGGAGACAAACACACAAAGAAAAUGCACAUAAACAUGUGUUUGGCUAAGCAGUUGCUGGUUUACAGUUUAUUUUGUUCUGAAUGUGGCACUGUGUGUUGAGAUGCUGCUGCUGUAGUUUGUGUUUUAUUUCUAUUUCUUGUGGUAAUAACCUGAACUUUCUGAAGAAU